AUGGCCAGAAACAGCCCUUUGCAGGAAGGGGAGUGGGUCUUCGAGGUGGGCCAGGCGGUCGAAGGUGCUUUCGAUCCUUACUCCGACAUCAUGCGGGCCUCUUCGAGCAACCCUAUCUUCCUUCGCAAGGACACGCCCGAGCACUUCCAGUGGCGGAUCCGCAACCUCCCGUACCCUGCCGACGUGUACAGCGUGUCGGUGGAUCAUGAGAAGCAGGAGAUUGUGGUAAGGACUUCCAACAAGAAGUACUUCAAGAGGAUACAGGUUCCAGACCUUCCGCGGCAUGACUUGAAGUUCAAGGAUGAGCUGCUCUCCUGGAAGCACCAGCAUAGCACGCUCAUCAUCUCCUAUCGGAAGCCGCCGGAGAUCCUGAAAGGAGAGCAAGAGGCUCUCCGAGAGGCCGAGAGGUCGGCCGUCAAAAUGUGA